AUGGAAGAUGAUAACCAUGGAAAUGGACCCAGUGGAACUAGUAGGGAAAGUGAAUGCAAUAUGAUCAACAAUAGCAGCAGCAGCAGCAACAGUAGAAGCAACAACAAUAAUAGUAGAAACAGCAGCAACAACAACAAUAACAAUAGAGAACAAGAUCGUCUCCUUCCAAUAGCCAAUGUGGGUAGGAUCAUGAAAAAGGUGAUUCCAGGUAAUGGGAAGGUGUCUAAGGAUGCAAAAGAAACAGUCCAAGAGUGCGUCUCAGAAUUCAUUAGCUUUGUUACUGGGGAAGCAUCUGACAAAUGCCAGAGGGAGAAAAGGAAGACGAUUAAUGGUGAUGAUAUCAUAUGGGCAAUUUCUACACUUGGUUUUGAGAAUUAUGUGAACCCGCUUAAGCUUUAUCUCCAAAAGUACAGAGAAAUGGAAGGAGAAAAGCUCAAUGUUCCCAAGCAACAACAGGAACAACAAGUUGCAUCUUCUGAUAAUGUUAAUUCUUCAGCUCAUCUCACCUCUCAACCUUCACUAUUGUACAGCACUAAUCAGCCCUUUUCCAUGCCUUUCUCACCAAGCUCAAUUCAACAACAGAUGCAACAACAAGAACCGAAUGAUUCACUUGGCCAAUGGUAA